AUGCUCGUCGGCGCUUGCGGAACGCUAGCGAACUCGCGGGCUCCUAACUUUAGCUCUUUACUUUUCUGCCGCGCGGCCGUCGGUGCCGCGGUGGGUGGCCUUCUGCCGGCCAGUUUCGCAAUCAUCGGAGAUAUGUAUCCGGCGGAGGAGCGUCCUCAUGCUAUCGCAAUGCUGGCCGUGAUCUCCGGCAUGGGGCCCGCCAUUGGACAGGCUUUGGCCGGCUUUCUGGGCGCCACGGCUGGCUGGCGAGCUCCUUUUGCACUGGUUGGGGCCGCCGGCCUGGGCAUCACCCUCCUCUUGUUCGUCCUCCAAAAGGAGCCAAACAAGAUCGAGGAGGCUGAAUUGGACGAGCCCUCGAAUUACUGCACCUCCUUGUGCUCUGCGCUGGCGAGACCUACAGUGAUCCUGACAUGUCUGCAAGGCAUCUUUGGGUGCGUUCCCUGGGCUGUGAUCGGCACUUUUCUUGCCGACUUCCUGGCCACCAACGCGAACAUGGGCGUUCCAGGGGCCACAACGGUCCUUUUUAGCUUUGGCGUGGGCUGCUUCACCGGCACUGCGAUUGGAGGGAAGCUGGGACAGCAUUUGUACAGAAGAGAUAAACGACUGCAAGCCUGGCUCAUGGGGCUCACCGUGUGGGGCGGGAUGCUACCGUUUAUGUUCCUCUUUUCCUCUGCCGGCUCCUGGGGACACCCGGUGCUUUUCUACAUUCUGGCGCUCGCCGGUGGAAUCCUGGCGCCGAUUGCAGGGAGCAACGCGAAAGCCGUGCUUCUGAAUACGGUGGCCACGAGGUCUCGCGGCACAGUGUUCGGUGUCUACAACAUCAUGGACGACCUCGGCAAAGGCCUCGGGCCGGCUCUAGUCUCGAGCUGGGUGAGACGUCUUGGGCGACGGGACUCCUUCAUGUUGGGGAUUGCAUUUUGGGCGCCCUGUGGCCUUUUUUGUGUCCUCAUGACCAAGACCAUCCCAAGUGACGACCUUUCAGCGCGGACACUGCCGGAGGUCCCAUCGAGGGAGGCCAUCAAGUUCGAGGACGAGUCGCCAGAGACUGCCGAGGGCUCCUUUGAAGGGAGCUCCCUGACAUCGCAGAGCUCCACGAAGUCGAAAUCUCCGGACUCCCCGAGCAAGCUGACAUCGAAGAGAGCACAGACCAUCGGCCACCCCUACCGAGAGACCCUAUCUUUUUCCGAUGACAACAGCUGA